AUGGUGGUGUUCGGUAACGGUGUCGUCAUUCUGGCCGUGCUCCUGGAUCGCAAACUGAAAGCGGUGACGACCAACAAAUUCAUUGCAAGCUUGGCCGUCAGCGAUCUACUGGUUGGAAUGGUCGUCAUGCCGCUGUCACUCUACUAUAAAAUACAUAACGACGAAUGGACACUUGGCUAUACAUGGUGUCAGUUUCAUCUCGUUUCGGGUGUAUUUUCCACCACCGCCAGUAUCGUUCAUCUAGUGGCCAUCAGUUUAGAUCGAUAUUUUGCCAUCAUGUUUCCCACGGAAUACCAAAGACACAGCGUGUCCACGUCAACCUUACCAUACCUGGUGAUGAUAUGGCUUAUGGCGUUGGCGGUGUUAUCAUCAUUUCUUUCGUUCUUUCUACCUGGUGCCAUCGUGGUAUACCUCUAUAUCAAAAUCUUCAAGAAGCUAAGACACCAUCAGCUGUACAUGUUUGGACAAUCAGUGGCUAAAAGCGCCGAUAAACGGCAAUCUCUACCACGGGUUAUUAUUGAUAGGGAGGCUUACGGUUUACUUUCUUGUUCUUUGCGCAUGAUUCCGUCCAUCAAGUCAAAAAUUGUGAGAGCUGUAAGGUAA